AAAAAUGCUUGAUUCGAUUUCUAUAGUUAAAUUUUUUCUAUUAGGAGUUAUAGGAUGGAUUACUUAUAAAAUUUUUAUUUGGCCUUAUUAUGUUUCUCCUUUGGGAAAAAUUCCUGGUCCACCAUCUGAUAAUCCAAUUUUCGGAAAUCUUCAAUCACUUAUAAAGGGUGCCGGAUUUACUGAACCACAACUUCAAUGGGUCAGAAAAUAUGGAAAUAUUGUAAAAUACAAUGGAUUAUUUAAUAAACCGACUCUUUUUGUCGCUGAUCCAAAAAUAAUUCAGGAAAUGUUUUCAAAUAAUAAAUCUUAUGAUUUCGUUAAAUUUAGUAAUAAGUUUGCUAUUGCACUUAUCGGUAAUGGACUUGUAUUUGCGGAAGGUGACGAUCAUAAGAGACAAAGAAAAAUGAUGAAUCCAGCUUUCACUCACAGUAACAUCAAAGAAAUGGUUCCAACAUUUAUUCGUAUAGCUUCUACUUUAAAAGGUUUAAUCGAAAAAGAGAUAAAUCAAGGAAAUUCUAACAUUAAUCUUACACCUUUUAUCUCAAAGACUACUUUAGAUAUUAUUGGCUUAGUAGGAUUUAGUUAUGAAUUCAAUUCAUUAACAUCCUCAAACGAAUUAGCAGAAGCUUAUGAUUCUGCUUUAAAUGGCCCACGAAGUACUUUUCAAACUGGCGUUAUAAUGUUAUCAAAUUAUGUUCCAUUUAUCAGAGACAUUCCAGUAGGUAAUAACCUGAAAUUUAAGAAUGCAUGUGCAGUUAUUAGCCGCAUAUCAAAAAAAUUGGUUGAAGAAAAGUAUAAAGAAGCUGAAAAUGGAGAAUUGAAAAAUAAGGAUUUGUUGUCGUUAUUAAUCAAUACUAAUAAAUCAUUGCCCGAUGAAGAAAAAAUGACUUUUGAAGAAUUAAAAUAUCAGAUUAUGACAUUUUUAAUGGCUGGGCAUGAAACCACAAACGUUACAACUUGUUGGGCAUUAUAUUUACUCGCACAACAUCCACAUGAGCAAGACAAGUUGCGUGAAGAAUUAGUUAAAGCUUUUCCUGAUAAAUCAAAUUACAAUCCUACAUAUGAUGAAAUUAAUUCUUUAGAGUAUUUAAAUUGCGUAAUUAAAGAAACUUUAAGAAUACUCCCUCCAGUACCAGUUGUUAAACGAGUUAACCUAAAGGAUGAAAUUUUCGGGAAAUACUUUAUUCCAAAGAAUUCUGAAAUAUUUUUUGGAAUUUCAGUACUUCAAAAAUCAACUGAAAUUUGGGGCCCAACGGCUGAUAAUUUUGAUCCAAAAAGAUGGUUGGAUCCUUCUUUAAGUGUAACAAAUUUAACUUAUUUGCCUUUCCUUAGUGGUCCAAGAGUAUGUAUAGGCAAUAAAUUAGCUUUGGCUGAAGCUAAAAUAUUAUUGGGUAUGUUAAUUAGGAAUUUUGUUUUUCAACCAAUUGAAGGAUUUCAAAUUAGAAAAAGAGCUUUCCCUUUAUCUAAACCUGAGCCAUAUCUUGGGUUAGCUGUAUCUAAAGUUGAAUCUUAAAAUUUAUUAUCUGGUUUUUUUUAUUUAUUGUAAUUAUUAUUAUCUGCUUUAUAUAUAUGUAAACAUUUAAAUAUGAUUUAUUCAUAAAAAACUAGCUUUCUCAUUUAUUUCUUUUCAAAUUUAUAAUGUAUCAAUAUUUUCAUCACGAUUUUCUAUAAACUGAAUCGCCAUUAAUUCUGCAGAUUUAAUGAUAAAGUUUAAUAAUUU